AUGGGUCAGAAAGUGGUGUCUGUCUCGAAAACUCCCGGCCAUACCAAGCAUUUCCAAACUAUAUUCCUUGCUCCGAAUGUCAAGCUCUGUGACUGUCCUGGAUUGGUCUUUCCGGCUACUGCGCCCAAAGUCCUGCAGAUUAUCGGCGGAAUCUAUCCCAUUUCUCAAGUAUCGGAUCCAUAUAGCGUUAUCGGCUAUUUGGCCGCUCACCUGCCACUCAUUCAACUGUUGAAACUGAAGCAUCCAAAGGGAGAAUCGGCCAAAUUCUCGCCAUUAGACAUCUGUGAAGCGUGGGCGCUGAAACGAGGAUUUUUCACGGCCAAGGCAGCCCGACCGGAUGUGUAUCGAGCCGGCAUUCACUUGUUGCGCAUCAUGCUGGAGGGGAAAAUCUGUCUGCGAACGUAUCCACCGGGUUACGUGGAGAAGAAAAAGCACUUUGAGAAUUUUGGCGAAACGAAGCAGUUUGCAUCUGAGUUGGAGCAACUGGAACAGAAGCUGCAUGGUGUUGCAAAAAAUGACGCUGUUCUAACCUUUAAGGAUUAUGAGGACGUAUGCGCUUACAUGCUCCGUACGGCGCCUGUCCCACCGGAUUAUCACCCUGUCCUUUCCUUGAAGCAGUUUUUAUUUAUCAUCGGAUGUUUUAUAUUUGUCUUGAUUCUCAUCUUCCACCCGAAGCCUCUGCUGCUGUUAUUCACGACGUUAUUGCGGUUAGGAUUGACUGUAUAG